AUGGCUUUUCCAAUUUUGGAGAAGAAAAAAAAGGAUGAGGGAUCAUAUUCAAAACAAAUGUGGCUAGAAUACCCACUGACAUCGUCAGCGAAUUCCCUGCUUCCAUUUGCUAAUGACCCAGACACUAUAGCCCCCAAAACUGGCUGGAACACUGAAGACAAACCAGAGCAGCUGCACAUCUGUCAACAGCUCCUAUAUGUUAAGACCUUGGGAGGAAACUUGCAGCAGAAAUACAGUCAGCUUUUCUGGGGUCUACCCUCUCUGCACAGUGAGUCCCUAGUGGCUACUGUCUUGGUGUCUGGUAGCUGUUCUCCACCAGAAUCUCCAUUUGUUUUAUUCAAUGGAAUCUGCAAACUCCUCAGAGUUCAAAUGCAGGAUAAAGAACUCCCACCACAUUCCAAGACUCAUCCCCUUGCCCUCCCUAGUACACAUUCCCAACACUUGCUUACAACACAGUCCCAAUCCCAGCCUUUGCAUCUCACUCAGAUUCAGUCCCAAACGUACCUUCAACCCUCACUGUCAAUCCUACCCACUUCUCCAUCCCAAAUUAGGGCCUGUGGAGUAUGUUUCCAUAGACCCCAGAAUGAGGCAAAUUCCCACAUCUCGCUUGAAUUUCAACACCUAGAAUGGCACUUAUUGAAGAAGGAACAGGAAAGUUUGUGGGGUUUAGCCCCUGUGCUCCAAAGAUCUCAAGAAGCCUUUUGUCCUCCAGCUCCCAAUCUUUCACUGGUCAGCGGGUCCUCCCAGGCUUGUGUUCCGGUGUCCAUCAUUCCUGAACAUUUUCCUAUCAGCAGUGAACCCCAGGAGAAACUAGUGCUCCACAUUCCAAAGAAGCUAAUCCCACACAAGUGCCUCCAGGCCUAUAGGGAACAAGAGGCCCUAGCACUGAUGCAACCGCAGUGCAGAUUAAUAGAAACUCAACAGAGACGCAGACACGCUCACUCACAACCCUCUGAGUUUAAGGGCCAGAGCAGCAAGGAUUUGGAGGAAAUUGAAUUGAGUUACUCAGGAAUUUUCCUUGAGAGGAGUCCAGCCAAGUUUCCUCUAAUGAAGGGCACAGGAAACAGUCUUGGACACAGCCCGGGGAAGGACUCAAAAGACAACCCAUCAAGGUUCUCAGAAAGCUACAUAGCAAAGUGCCUGGGUGCUACCUCUGAAGAGACAAAAGGUGACGGUGUAUGUCACACAAGGAAAGACUCAGGUAAUAAAUUACUAAGUAUCUCAAAGGAAAACAUAGAUGAGGAUCAAAUGAAAAAGACCCUAAAAUUACAUUUGGUCAAGAAAUUUUGGCAGAUUAAUGACUGUAGGAUCCCUAUAGGUGUGUGUCGUUCAUGGCUUGCUGAUGACAGUACAUUGUCUCUUUCUGGGAGUUCCCAUGAUGAUACGGAAAACAGAAAUGGGGCACCAUCAGUGGAUAAGAAAUACUGCCAGAUUACCACUCUGAAGCUGACCUUCCUUGAUCCUGACACUCAACAGGUGUUAGAAGCCCAUAUUGUAAGAUUUCGAGUGAAUCAGAAGUGGGGCCUACCUCUCAAGGUCCGUGAAUCCAUAAAAUUCUAUACAUUGAGAGAAGCCAAAUCAUGGCCUCUUCCACAAUUUGACUUUUUCUCCUCAGCCUCCCUUGUUUCUGGGGUGGACUCCAAAGCCAAGGUUUCCAAGCCCCUCGGAGGAUGCCCUCAAACUUUACAGGGAGACAAGGUGUUAACAACAAAUAUAGUCUCCAUCCUGGAUUGUCUUCUCCCUGCCACCUCACCUGUGGACAAGGAAGGGCAGGAGGCUCUGAAACAAUCACCCACUGAUAUCGAUUAUGCACUUAGAGAUGACUUUCAGACAAAUGAGGAUGGCAGGCAGGGUUUUCUGCCCAUCAAACACAGUAUCAUGGGCAAAAUGAAUCAGAGCAAGACUGUAAUACCCAACAGACACAACUCAGAGCUGCCCACAAGUCAAGCUGGGGCUGGACAUAAGCCAAAGGGUAAACAAGUGAGUUCCAUUGAUACAGGAGAAAUCCUUCAGGGCAAACAGAUGCUGGAGGAGAAUUUAGAACAUUUUUCCAUGACCAACGUGUCCAGGGAGAUAUUCAAGGCCAAGGAGCUCCUUGCUCUUCAAUCACAAUCUAGUGACACCUUGACAAUGAGAGAGCUAGGCAACUGCCAAACGACAAAUGGGGAUACGAGUAAAGUAAAAACUACCCUAAUCCCUGAGGUCCUACCACUGCCAAGAAUGUCAGUUCCUCAAGAUCCUGAACUAUCAUACCUUCAGAAACAGAUGAUUAGUGAGUUAAAGGUUAAACUGGAGGGCCAGGAGCAUAGCCAGGCUCAGAGCUGUUCCACUGACACGUCUCUUACCUCCUCAGACAGCUUGGCUUCCACUGCCUUACUGACUCAUGCCCAGAGUGUCCCCUGUGGGUACAUGGCAGCUUCCCAGGGGCUGAAUGUCCACGUAGAGGACAAAAGCAUCAGUAUGGGGCAGAGGCAGAAGCUCUGGGUCUCUAAGCAUGUCUUAGGGCAGUGCCAGGAUAAGAAUUUCCCACCAGCUUCAAAGAGAGUGAACUCUCAGAGACCCAGAACAGGAAAGUAUGGAAGAGAGGAUUUGGAAUUAGGGACAUCCAAAGCCAGAAGGAAGAGCCAUCUUGACCAGGCCAAGAAAUUAGGGGAAACUCUUGGGAGCAACUCUUCCCAGUCCCUGUCACAGAAGGAAGAGUCUCCUCCAGAAAGUUUCUUCAGAAAGAAGAUGAGGCAGUUUUGUCAGUGGAUCCAUUCCAAGAGGCAAGACGGUCUCCUGCAAAAAGCGAAGUUCAUGUUGGCCUCUGUGCAGCACCGAGACCCAGUUGAAAGUAUGAACUGUGAAGCUCAGGAGCUCAUGACAGCCAUUGGGGAGAUGCUGGAGGAGAAACUGGGAUGUAGGCAAGGACUUCAGCACAACGCAGAACUACAAGAUCAGGCAGAGUCCACUGAGGGGCCUUCCUCCAACAACAGGGUUCCCUCCUCUCCAGGGCAAAGGGAUGUGUCUGGUACCAACUUAUGCAGCCAAAAAGCUGUCACUGCUGGCCAGAGUUGCCCUACAAGUGAUAGGCGGAUCAGAGACAUGGACAGACAUUCCCAAAAAAUUAACAGAUUCAAGGGCCAGCUAUUGUCUCAGAGUUAUCCUCCUUCCCCAUCCCCCAGGGAGCCUGUGUCCCAUCAAGAUCCCAGUGGCAUGCAUCAAGUAUGCCAGGUGCCUCAGGCCACCCUCUUCACUGCUGAAGACACUGUUAUCAGAGAUCUGUCUCUUCUCUUCAGACAGAAGAUGCUUCUCCAGCACUUUCAGGGAGAAAAAUGUCCCUCUCCGGAAUAA